AUGAAGGAAGCGAGUCUGUACCGAUUCAAGGACAUAAAACCGGUGGUGAAUGCCAAGGAACUUGUGGAUGUUGUUCUGUCGAGGACACAGAGGAAAACACCGACAGAAAUCCACAAAGGGUUUAAAAUAACAAGGAUAAGGAACUUCUACAUGCGAAAAGUGAAAAUGUGUCAAGAGCUAUUCAAAGAAAAAUUACAAAUGAUAAUAAAUGAUUUCCCAAAAUUAGAUGAUAUUCAUCCAUUUUACUCAGAUUUAGCAAAUAUUUUAUAUGAUCGAGAUCAUUAUAAAUUAGCUCUUGGACAAUGUAGCUAUGUGAGUAAAUCAGUUGUAAGAAUAUGUCAUGAUUAUAUUAAAUUGUUAAAGUUUAGCACAUCUUUGUACAAAUGUAAGAUGCUUAAGAUAAGUGCACUGGGUCGUAUGUGCAAAAUGGUGAAAAAGUUACAACCAAGUUUAGUAUAUUUAGAAGAAGUAAGACAAAAUUUAGCUAGACUUCCAUCAAUAAAUCCCCAUAAAAAAACUAUACUUCUUGCUGGUGCUCCUAAUGUUGGAAAGUCUUCAUUUAUUAAUGUUGUUUCACGUGCUAAUGUCGAAGUGCAACCAUACUCUUUCACAACCACCAAUUUGUAUGUUGGACAUUUUGAUUAUAACUUGAACAGAUUCCAAAUUAUAGAUACUCCAGGAUUGUUAGAUAGAUCACUUGAAGAUAGAAACACAGUAGAAAUGACUACGAUAACAGCAUUGGCACAUAUAAACGGGGUUAUACUUUUUCUCAUAGACAUUAGUGAAGAAUGUGGAAUGUCAAUUAAAGAACAAGUGAAACUUUUUCAUUCAAUAAGAACCCUUUUUCAAAAUAAACCAGUUGUUAUUGGAUUUAACAAAAUUGAUAAAGCAAGUUUGGAUAACCUAUCCGUUGAUAAUAAAGUUAUUAUUAAACAAAUCAUCGACAAUGCAAAAGUACAAAUUAAGUUCUGUUCCUUCAGUACCUUAACUGGAAUUGGAGUAGAGCAAGCAAAAGCAACUGCAUGUGAUUUACUCAAAAUUGAUUCCACAUCAGAAUUUCAUAUAGAUCGGGAAAAUUUACUGAAUGUAAAGCUAGGAAAUUAUAAAGUUAAUCGUGAGAGACCACCAUGCAUUCCCUUUUCUGUCAUUCAGGAAAAAAUUAGAAAGAAGAAAGAACAGGAAGAGGAGGAGAAAAAGAAGGCCAUGCAAGAUAUCAACAAAGAAGAAAUUAUCACAUCAGCAGAAGUAACAACAAUUGGCAAUGAUGAUAUACCCAAUGGAGAGUUAAUCCAAACUGAGAAGCAUAAGUUGAUGAACCCAAAGAACGCCCCAACAAUGAGAGAAGAAAAAUUGAAAAAAAAAAAUAAAAGCAGACAGAGUUACCUAAGCAAUAGAAAAGAUGAUAGAGUUCUUCAAAUUGAUAUCCAAAAUGAAAAGGGAGGUGCAGGAGUGUACUCAGUUGACGUGAGAAGUGUGUAUGACAUAAAGGAGGAAUACAAAUAUGAUGUUAUACCUGAAAUUUACAAUGGAAAAAAUGUUUGUGAUUUUGUGGACUUGGAUAUUGAACAGAAAUUACUCGAACUGGAAAAGGAAGAAGAAGAACUUUUUGAGGAAGAUGCAGAAAUAGAUCCCAUGUGGUUUAAAACAAAGGGAAUUUUAGAAAAAAUGGCCUUACGACUGAAAAGAAUGAAAUUGAGUGCCAAGUUAAAUGAAGAGAAACAACCAAUUUAUCAUAAAAAAAACAAAACUAUUGAAGAGAUGAGUAAAAAAUUGGAUAACCUGAAUCUGGAUAAAGAAAAGAUACUCAACAGCAUGACAGAACGAGCAAGAAGAAAGGGUAUCCUGGACGGAACCAUCACGACCCGUACCUCCAAGAGCAUGAACAACACAGCUAAGAGUAUUCUUAACAAACACAAAAUCAAAAAAGACAUAUGUAAAAAGAAACAAAUUAAGGAUAACAUAUACUCAGAUCCAACCAGGAAAUCCAAAAUUUUUGAAAGUACUUCAACUGAGUUACAAAGGAUAAAAGCUUACAAAUUAAACAAAGUUGCGUAUAGAAAAAUUCAGAAGGGUGCCAAGGGAGAGGCCGAUCGAUCCAUUCCAUCCAAAAAGCCUCGCCAUUUGUUUUCAGGCAAGAGAUCCAUAGGAAAGACCUCCAGGCGCUGA